CAGCCAAUCAAUGGAGCAGCCAAUCAGAGGGAGGGGUGGGUGCGCCCUGGAUGACGUCAUUGAGAUGCAGUGUGUGAUGGUGGUGAUGAGGCGGAUGUUCGUGAAAUAAACCUUGGCAACACAUUUAAAGGCGACAACGGUCCUACAAGCACGCCUAAAGGAGACAUUUGACUACAAAAUUCACGCCUUCUGGACAUGUUCUGUUUUCUUGGGAACAGGUGGAUUAACUACUGGGUCAUCUCGAAGAUGGAGGGAGGAAACUUCGGCUACUCCCGAGACCCGCUGGACCGCCUCAUCCUGGACCGGGACUCGUCCGUGGUGAGCAAGUUCCAGCAGAGGUACUGGAAGACCAAGCAGACGCUCAUCAGGGUGACUGGGAAGAAGGAGGAUGAGUGCGUGGUGGCGUCGGACGCUGACUUGGAUGGCAAACUGCAGGUGUUCCACUCCAUUCAGAGGACUUGCAUGGAGCUGCUAAAAGUCAUCGAGCAGUACCAGAGGAGGCUCUGCUUUCUUUCCCAGGAGGAGAGCGAGCUGGGCCGGUUCCUGCGGUCCCAGGGUUCCCAGGACAGAAGCAGGGCCGGGAAGAUCAUGCAGGCCACAGGCAAAGCUCUCUGCUUCUCCUCGCAGCAGAGGCUGGUCCUGAGGAAGCCUCUGUGCCGCCUGUACCAAGAAGUGGAGACCUUCCGCUUCAGAGCCAUCUCCGACACCUGGCUGACGGUCAACCGCAUGGAGCAGACCAGGACCGAGUACCGCGGCGCGCUCCUGUGGAUGAAGGACGUCUCCCAGGAGCUGGACCCGGACACGCACAAGCAGAUGGAGAAGUUCCGUAAGGUCCAGGCCCAGGUGCGCACCACCAAGGCCAACUUUGACAAGCUGAAGAGUGACGUGUGUCAGAAGGUGGAGCUGCUGGGAGCGAGUCGCUGCAACCUUCUCUCCCACGUCCUCACCUCCUACCAGACCACACUGUUGCACUUCUGGGAGAAGACCUUCCACACCAUGGCGGCCAUUCACGAGAGCUUCAAGGGCUGUCCGCGUUCUGAGCUCCCCGCACUGAAGGUCUUGGUCUUCUUCAGCUAUUUGCCUUGGCCACUAAGUUGCAGGAACCAGCAGAGCGUCAGUCAAAGAAGAAGAGAAAGAAGAAUAAAUGUGAGACCAAAGACAAAGAUGAAGAACUUGUCUCGCUGGGAAAUGACAACAGUUCAACAAAAGAAGGAGACGCUGACUCGGCGAUGGAGGAGAAAGACAGCCUUGCCUUGCUGGAGGAGAUCCUGGGAGGAAUUUCGGUGCAUGAUGGCGACUUCUCGCAGGAAUGGAGGCAAGCCUUCGGAGAGGAGGAGGAGGAGGCGACGGACACCGCCUCUUCUACACCAACGGAUGCUCCGUCCCUGUUCCUACCAUCUCAGCUGUUGGACCAGCACAACCUGCAGUCUGCUGGCUUCUCAGCUUGGAAUGUCCCACAGUCUGUCACUGCGGUGACAGAAGACUCGCAUGGAGCCAGUCAGAAAAGAGCAUUUCAAGAGACAGGCGGGACAACCAAAGACCUCUCGGCGUGGUUCAACUUGUUUGCAGACCUGGACCCCCUUGCCAACCCAGACGCAGUGGGCAAAAGUGACGCCGAGCACACGCUUCAUAACGCCUAGCUCCUCCCUGGAAAGACACAUUCUGUCACUUCCACAAGACCACAAUCUGACAUCCUUCGCAUGAGUUCCACUCACCUGUGGCUGCAGGUAACCACCUCAACAAACUGAGGACUCCAUUUGUAGUCAUCGUCAUGGAGUUACUUCAGCAUAUCGCCCCCUUGUGGACAGUGUUUUGUUUUCACGCUAUUUAAAGACUAUUUUGCUGUAACUUUACGAACAUAUCACGACAACAUGCUUGGUUUAUUUCAUGAACACAUGUUGCCUCAGGGUGCUUUUUACAGGUAAAUAUUUAUUGUACUUGCUAUUUUUAAAAACUGCUUUUAUUGACUUGAAUCUACCGCCCGAAUGCAGCUGAGAUAGGCUUCAGCUUGUCGCAGUUGAACAUGGAUGGAUGGCAUUUAAUAACAAUCUACAGCACCAACCUGUUAUAUACGUGAAACGAAAAAUACAAAACAAUAUUGGCAUUGUUUCUCAAAUACGCUCUAAUUAAAUGAAUAAUUUGUGUUAGUAUGCAAAUAUCACCAAAAGGGACUUUUUUUUUUUUGUCUUUAUUGAAAAAACACAGGAUGUACAUACAAGUGCACACUACACGGGGGAAGUGUUGCUGCAUGCACACAAUGAGCACAUCAGCGAUUUAAAUUGUGUGUGGUGGAAUGCCUGGCAUACAUUAUUGGUCAUAGUUGUGCUUGUAUGCGCACGUAGACGUACACACCCAAACCUCAGUGGUUCUUUUUGUGCACACCUUUGAUUGUUUCAGAUUGCAAAUGAACAACAACAAAAGGAUUAUGUCCAAGUAAGUGCUUUAACCUGGUUUACCGAUUAGCACCUCUGCUCCAAACAUGACCCCCUCCGAUUAUUUUUACGUUUGCUUUGGUACGUUCUCAACCUGUCACUUUGGGAGGGCGGGGCUUGUGUACAACAUGAUCUAUGGAAUGUGUCGUAGCACCUAAAAGCUUAAAAAAACAAAAACAGGUUCGACGAUGAGUCUGCUGAUGUGAUUCGUAUCAAACUGCGCUUCAAAAAUGGCAACGGUCCAAGCAAGAACAUUCCACACCAACCUGAGUCGUUUUGUUCCGCUAAAAGACCGCCGCGAAGCAGGAAGGCGGAGUCUUCUUCCCCCCCCCCCCAUAUCAGUCUUUUGGUCUCUCGCUAAGAAAAAUUGCAGAUCGUGGCGAUCAUGCGGGAAGGCAAAGUGUGGCUGCAACACACGACAGACAGAACUAAUAACGUACAAGGCGCGUCCUGACGCCAUCCCAUAAUGUACAAGCUUCGUUACACGUUAGUCUGCUGCACUAACAGGAAGUGUUAAUUAGGGAUGAUGUCCGUUAAGAAAUUAUCGAAAUCGAAUCCUCUUAUCGAACCAGUUCCUUAUCGAAUCCAGACAGGUUGUUGUGUGUGCACUGAGUUCCAAAAGCCAUAGAUGUUAUAUGACUGGGCCGCCACGCUGUUUACAUGGAGGAAAAGCGGACGUGACCGAGGACAGCAUGCGGCCGUUAAAGGGUGAAGGUUUCAGGUGAGAGAGGACGCCCCCAGUGAGCAUAUAAUGCUGCUAUGUGAGUUGUAAAUAAAAAAAAUUGCCGACAAACACAUCACCAACAUGGACGCUCACUUUCGACAUCCCCGUGACGCACACUGUGAAGAAGAAGGGGACCAGCACGGUAGCGAAUCCAUACGCACAACGGGGCAAGAGAAGUCAGCUUUUACUGUUGUGCUAGCUUGCUAGACAACGGGACUGACGUUGAAAAUAAGGAGAGGGAAUCUGGCAGAGGUGGGUAGUAACGCGCUACAUUUACUCCGUUACAUCUACUUGAGUAACUUUUGGGAUAAAUUGUACUUCUAAGAGUAGUUUUAAUGCAACAUACUUUUUACUUGAGUAUAUUUAUAGAGAAGAAGCUACUUUUAUUCCGCUCCAUUUAUCUACAUUCAGCUCGCUACUCACUACUGAUUUUUAUCGAUCUGUUAAUGCACGCUUUGUUUGUUUUGGUUUGUCAGACAGACCUUCAAAGUAGCAUCUAUCGCAUGCCUGUGUUUCACCAAUCACAUGCAGUCACGUUUGACUCCGUUUCACCAAUCAAACAGAGCCAGGCGGUCACAUGAUUAACAAGCUUAAGCUUACAUGAACUCAACGUCAAAUUUGAGGAAGCACAUGGCGGUAAGUAACGUUAGUAGAUAUUUUGGCUGUCACCGUAGGCUGAUGUUAGCUUCCCUGCUAUGAAUCACUGUCAAAUGUACAUCGUGUGGGGACAUUUAUUAACGUACUGCAGCCUCAUAGACACACACACACACACACACACGAACAGUCGCACACGCAUGCAUAGAAACACCAAUCAGUGUGUUCCCAGGUGCAGCCCCCACCUAUCAGUUUAUGGUUUUGCGUAAAGGCUAACUUGUUAUUUUCCUUUGUAAUCUCUGCCUACUGAGCCUAUGGUGCUGUUAAGUUAUUGUGGCUCAAUUUGCCUUAAUUCUUCUUAUGUUAAUGUAUUGUUAUUUAAUAUAUAUCAUUGUUUUAGUUGCUUAAGAGAUAUUCCCGGCUCUGAAUUUGCUCAUUGCUAUUUUUAUGUUUUUGUGCAUUAUUUGUUGCCGUCAUCAUUAAACAAACAGGUUACUCAUCAGUUACUCAGUACUUGAGUAGUUUUUUCACAACAUACUUUUUACUUUUACUCAAGUAAAUAUUUGGGUGACUACUCCUUACUUUUACUUGAGUAAUAAAUCUCUAAAGUAACAGCACUCUUGAGUACAAUUUCUGGCUACUCUACCCACCUCUGGAAUCUGGCGUGUUUGAUGGAGAACUUGCCCAGCUGUUAAUUUUUUGACACAGAAGAUGAGGACUUUGUGGAUGAGGAUUGAUCAAAAAAUAAUGUGAGUACAUUGAUAAAUACUUCAAUAAAGUACAACCCAACUCAGCUUUGCUCCUGCUGCCUUUUUAAAACAGCGUCCAUGCAUGCUAGCGUAUGUUUUAAGAUAGCAUAUGUUUAUUUUUGGCCUGAGCCCCAAAAUACACUGCGUUAAAUACAGAAAUAGCACCCGUAACUGACACGGCACAACGCCUUUUAAUACGGUGCGCCCUAUGGUCGCGAAAAUACGGUAUAGUGGCUUCGAUAACGGGAACCGGUUCUCAAAAAGGGAUUAGAAUCCAUGGAAUCGGUUCUUUUCUUAUCGGAACAAUCGGGAAAACCGGUUUUUGAACAUCAUCCUAGUGUUAAUAAGAUAGUUGUUGUUUCUGCUGACAAACUUUAAACCCCAUUAAAAACAAAGCAAAAUAUAUUUGUGGUAAUGAGUCAGACAUGGGGGUCCAGGACCGAGAACCUCUCUUGCAGGAUACCAGAGCGAGAGCUUGGGCACCCCCUGCUGGCUAAACUUAAGACUAACUGAGUGCAAUCUUGUGUUUUUGUGGGUUUUUUUGUUUCGUUUUUUUCUUCGAAGCCUUAUUGGUCUUUUAAAUACCUGAGGACACACUGGUGAGGACAAGUUGCGCCGAGCCGUCCUUUCCCGUCUCGACUCCCGGGCUUUGCCGAACGGCGUCUGUUUCUCUGACAGCGGAGGGCGGGGGCG